AUGUCUGAAAUAUUAAAAGUGUGUCUACGGCGACAAGAGGAGUUAUUUGAGCGGGUUAGUAAAGCGCAGAUUAAUUAUAAAAAGACAUCUAAAGAUCGGCUUACAGUGACAUAUAUUGAAACAAAAAAAGAGGCGUUAGAUAAAUUGUGGGAGUCAUUCUUAAGUAAUCAUAACGAGAUUGUUGCCUCUGUAGAGAAGUCUGAUAAAUCGAAACUUAGUUAUUUUGCCGAAGAUAUGUAUUCAGAGUUUGAGAAUAUUUACGAAACUUAUACAGUAAAAUUAAAAGAUGAUCUGCAGAUAUACCAGCCGACUUCAUUUGUGAGAGCGUCUAAUAAUCAACCUAGUACUGUUGCGACCUCUAGCUAUGUGAAAUUACCGACAAUUCAUUUGCCAAGAUUUUCUUCCGGAUACGAAAAUUGGCAAACUUUCUAUGAUAUGUUUGUGUCGUUAAUUCAUAACAAUUCUACACUAACCGCUGCUCAAAAACUGCAUUAUUUGAAGAGUUGUUUAACUGGCGAAGCGGAAAUUCUGCUUAAAAAUCUAUCUACAACAGAUGUGAAUUAUAAUGAGGCGUGGAGCCAGUUGGUUCGACGAUACAACAAUAAACGCUUCAAUACCAAUGAAGUUAUGAAACGUUUGUUUUCCCAAAAGAAUUUAACGAGUGAGUCGCCCGCUGCUUUAAAACAACUUUUAGAUACGACAUCUUCCUGUUUAAAAUCAUUAGAAAAUUUGGAGAUAAAUACAAGUGCAUGGGACGCUAUUAUAAUUUACUUGGUAGUAACAAGAGUAGAUGCAGAGACAAGAAAGUUAUGGGAGUUAGAAGUGAGCCGAGUACAUUCAGACAGUGAAGCAGAUACUUUACCUACCUGGGAGGAGCUGAAGAGAUUUAUCGAGACUAGAUUUAGAACGUUAGAGAUGUUGGAGUCAUCAAAUCAUUAUAACAGCAGACCAGCUAAAACAACACAACAUAACAACACUACGAGACAAAUUACAAAACAGAGAUCAUUUCAUUCAUCAGUGGAAGAGGAGAAGAGAGAUUACAUCUGUGUCAUGUGUUCCGGACGACACUUAUUGUAUCAGUGUAAGCAAUUUGCAGCACAAACCCCAGAGAAGAGAACUGAGUAUGUGCAAUCAAAUCAUUUGUGCUUCAAUUGCUUAUCACCUAAUCACAGCGUGAAGAAUUGCUACUCAACUACGAGCUGUCGUCGAUGUGCCCGACGACAUCAUACAUUACUGCAUUAUGAGAGAACAUCUAACCGAGAAGAGAGAUCAACUACAGAGGAAUCUUCAAGUAAUACACACGAUAACACUUCGACUGAAGUUAAAGAGAGGAGUAAACAACCUGAGAGGAAAGUUGUAGCCCAUUUUACUAAUGAGAGUCACCUGAGCAGAGUGUUACUGGCUACAGCUAUGGUCAAAAUCAAAUCAACUACAGGUCAUUCACAAAUAGUUAGAGCUUUGAUUGACCAAGGAUCUGAAGCGUCAUUUAUAACUGAAGCCACAGCACAAUUCCUGAAGUUAAAGCGAGAUUCAGUGAACGGUGUUAUAUCAGGAGUCGGAGAAGGUCAAACACAAGCGAAGAGUAUGGCUUCUUUUGAGAUCGUAUCCUUACGUAACCCAGAGUUUUCUAUUCAAGUCAAUGCGUUCGUGUUGAAGAGGUUGACUUCAUUUACACCGUCCCGAGACUCAUCUAUACAUGAUUGGAAAGAGAUCACAAACUUACCUUUGGCUGACCCUACCUACAGUACACCUGGACGAAUAGACAUUAUUCUGGGUGCUGAAAUCUACGGAGAAAUUCUACUGGAUGGUUUUCUGAAACAUUCUGAGUCAUCUGGACCAGUUGCACAAAACACGCAAUUGGGCUGGAUAUUAUCUGGAAAAAUAAAAAAUGAGUUAGUGCAAGAAAAUCGCAAUAUUAUCAGCAUGCAUAUACAACCAAAGGAAGAUGAGUUUUUAAAACAAUUCUGGGAGAUAGAAAGAGAACCUGAAAGUAUCAUAAAGAGAAAGACUAAAGAGGAAUUAAGAUGUGAAGAAAUUUACGAAGAAACAACAUAUAGAAACAGUGAAGGACGUUACGUCGUCAGAUUACCUUUUAAAAGUCCUAAUCCAGAAUGUCUAAAUGGUCAAUCAAAAGAGAUAGCGCUACGAAGGUUCAAAUCAUUAGAGAAGAAAUUACUUAAAAAUACAAAGCUACAAGAAGAGUACAAAAACGUGAUGGAGGAUUAUUUGCAGCAAAAACACAUGAGAAAAAUAACUGAUGAGAGAGAGUUACGUGAUAAUCACGUCGUUUAUCUACCACACCAUGCAGUGAUUAGAGAUGAUAAACAGACUACCCGAAUGGAGAUGCCAUAG